AGCUGCGAGACGAGAACGCGGAAGGUAAAUAUGCUUUUUUUUUCACUAUCACGUCAUUAUCACACGCACACGUCGACUCGGACAGCCGCGCCCCCGGCGAACCUCUUUUUUAGCGAUUUGACGAAAAAUAAUAAUUCGGUCAUAGUAGAGAGCGCGCGGUCUCGUAUAGUGUAUCGAGUCAGGUGGCUAGGCGCGCGGGUGUCGGGCGACGCGCGGCCCGCACCGCGACCGCACUCUCGCCGCGGCGCCGCGACCACGGCCCGCACCCUCCCACCGGCUGCCGGCUCCGACCUGCCCCGACAGGCGGCCUACUCUCAUCCUGUUCAAAUGCUAUCGUCCGCUGUUUACCCUCACUCUUUUCAAUUCAGUAUCUCCGAUCUUGAUCUUUUUACAUUAUAUACUUACUACUAGUCUGCAAGCAAGUCAUUCAUCAUUUAGGGCAAAUUCAUUAAAUAAAUCAGGGUUCAUCCAAUCAUUGGGAAGAUUAGUGGAAGUUUAGAAGAAGAAGAAUUAGAGGAAGGUAGUGGGUGUGAGUAGAGCGAUAGCAUUAGCAUUUGAAUACGGCUAGCCGAUGGGAGGCGCGGCGGCGGCGCGGGUGCGGCGCGGUCGGGCGCGGUGCGGCAUGCGAACUGGUGUUGUUGGCAGCGGGCGGCGCCGGCGCGGCGGGCGGCGCGGGCGUGCAGUGCGCGGUGUGCGGGCGGCGGUACAGCAACGCGUCCAACCUGCGGCAGCACGUGCGCCUGAUCCACGAGGCGCAGCCGGUGGCGUGCGCCACGUGCGGCCGCUCCUUCAAGACGCCGCUGUACCUGCGCCGCCACACGCUGGCGCAGCACCCGCCCGCGCGCCUGCGCCUCAAGCCGCCGCCGCCGCUCCCCGCGCUGCGGCCCGCCCAGCGCUUCCAGCAGUAGCCGCGCUCUCUCUCGCCCCCGCCGCGCGCCGGAGGAGACCCCCCGUUACCGAUCUCCGUAGAUAUGACGCCGCGCCUGCGAUAACUGUUGCACGCCUAUUUAUCAGUGGCCAUGUUUAUCGCGCGCUACGCGUCGAGCUCUUUCCUCCGACGAAACCGUUUUAUAGCAUUCCACUGCUAUGAUACAUACUGAGUAGAGAAUAAGGAAUGUAGCGUUGUGUCUCUUCGUAUGGCGAAGUCGUGAAGAUGUGGCUUAUAAAGUCGUAACGAAGACUGUCAAUAGAUAUAUCUAGUCUGUGAUCGGAGUGUCGCCGGGGGCCUAUUUGCCGUCACACCUCUCCGCUUAUUGUGUGCCUUUCUAUAAUAUACCGAGUGCCAGAUACGCGUCGCAUUACCGAGCUUCUUUUAGUACUUCCUACUGUUUAGUAGGAAGACGAUUUCUCCAUUAAUAGUUUAACGUUGCAAUAAAAGAUACAUGUAGUAGCAUUUCACCGAUCCUCUUUCGGUUAUUUUGUUAAACUGUAACCUUGCGUCAUUAAGGAGUAAGGGGAAUUUGGUUAAAAAUAUACCUAUAGGAAACCCACAUUUUAGUCAUAAAAACGAUCGUAUGACCAUUGAGUCAUGGUGGAUAAGGGUUCUAGUUAAGUGACUAAUUGAAGCUCGUUAAGGGGACACCACAGUACCUUCCUUUCUGACAAUAGACUGAUUGUUGUUAAAGCAUUUGUUGCAACCGGUGCUGAUUUUACAUAACAUAGGUUAUUUACUGGUUACAUAAUUAUUAUACAUACAGACAUUAUACACGUUAUCCACAUUUGGUCGACACUAUCUGUCUAAGAUAGAAAUAAUAAAUAAAUAAAUAAAAUAGCUGUAUUUUCAUAAUAGAGUGUAAUUUUUUUGUACUGCAGACGACGGAAAGUGUCGACCAUAUCCGUUUUAUUUGUCGAAUGCACGGACUCAUGUACGAAGCUUUGAGUGUCCAUAAGUCCGCGCUCAACUACAAUAGUGAUAUUUUUAUACACAAUAGUUUUAUCUUUACACAAUGUUAUUGUUGAGUGAUUGGACGGCUCCCGGUAAAUAGUUUGUACAAAAUCUCAGAUAUAAUGAAUAGUAAGUCUUCAAAAAUCGUAUAUUAAAAUGAUACAUACCUACUAUAUAUUAGUCAUUUAGGGUGAACCACCACACUUUUGUUGCCAUACCAAGUCGUGUGCAUUGUUGAUAUGCUCAUCGUAUUUAAAUAGUCAGUUAACAUUUCCAUUCAACCAAUGGCUUCCGAUCGAUUUUAUUACACAAUAAUAAAUAGCAAAUAUAAUAUUAAUAUCAUUAUUUGUUAACAUUGCCGAAUGCACGUUGAACUGCCUUGCUAAGGGUGCCGCUAGCUUAGGUCAAGAUUAUUAUUUGUUCAAUUAAUAUGAUGGUUAUAGUUUAUCCUCGCAUUGUUUCUAGUACUUAUGGUAAGAAUACUGUUUUAGUUAAAGGAUAAUAUGAGAAUUUGCAGCAAGUUUUACAAUAGCGAUUGUAUGUCGAUGGGGCCAUAACAGUAUACAGCCUACCCCUAGCCAGGUGGCUACGGUACCCUCUUCAUUAAUAUACAAUAAACAAGAGUUUAAGUGAUUAAUAUACAAUAUAAUAAUAGAAUUGAAGCAAUUAGAGCGCUACGAGGCUGAGCGUAACUGUUGAUGUUAUGUUGAAUAUAUAAGCAAUAGAUAGUAUAUGUACUGUUGAACCACAACUUGCCAUACCCCCCACUAGCCCAGUGUCUAGCACUAUGCGUAUUUACGGUAACAUAGACGAGGGGUUUUUUUUAUAUUUUUAUAUAACUUUAAAUUUCGAUCGGUUAUUUCUUUAAUGUUUUUGUAGAUGUAUUUAAAUGAUUGCCAUGAAAAAAGCACAUCUAGUCAUUUUGUAAUAAAAAAGCAUUUAGAGGGGACACUUCUUAAAGGUAUGAUUAGGGUUGUGAGUAACAAUAUUAGUUUAUCUUUUGAAAAUUUAAUUGUAAACUUAUUGGAAUAAUGUGUGAUCUCAAGUGAUUUAAUUUCCAUGAUCUCCAAAUUUCGAUCUUGCAUUUAUUUUUAACACUGUUUAAUAUUUAAAAUAUUACGGACGAAAGUUUUUUGCAAUAAUAAAUAAUUAAUCUAAAAUAAUCGCUUAUACGUAUUAGUAAUAGUAAUUUUAAAAAGCACUUUUCUUAAAUAAUAAUUUUAAUCCCAAUUAAUAAUUUAAGGCGCAGCUUUUAUUAUUGUCAUAUUCAUAAAUUAAUGAAAAAAAAACUAUAAAUGUAUAUACAAAAAUGAAUCUCUUCACAUGCUGAACUUAAAUAGAAAUUAUAUAAAACUAGAAAUUCUAUCAAUAUAAUGGUUAAUGUUUAUUGAUGUCGUUAACACAGAAGAAUGAUAAUUUAUAAUUGAGUGCAAUUAACAAGACAUUAUUGUACCUGCCCGCCGGUACAUGAGAGCUCAUUGGACCGGCUGCAGGAGGCUAGUAACGUCCCGCUUUCAAACCAUGGUCAAUCAGAUGUUCAAUAUGUUGAGUCUAUCUGUUAUAUUCUUGUUAUCUUAGUAUCUCAAGCAAUUACAGACUGCUAAUUUGUCUAUCUUUAAUGUGAGAAUUAAUAAAAUGUAAUUAACUUCGUUUGUCUGCACAUUCGCUUGUGUGCAGAUUAUUAAACUUGUGUACAUACAUCAAUGUAUUUUUUACUAAAUAUCAACAAAUAAAGUAUUGCGAAGAAAUUGUGCUUUUUAGUUACCAGUGGGUCGUGGUGAACGAGUUCACCUUGAUAUUUUACUCGGCGAAAUACAUGAAACUAUAACCUUGGAAUUAAAUUUUAUCAAGUUAUUUUAUAAUGCUGCAUGGUCGCCUAUCACUUAUCG